UAAUGGGUAUCAACAUACAUAAGUGUUGGCUGGUUGAUAUCAUAGUACUGUAGUAGUAAUAAACUAAUUAAACUUGUUAUUACACGGUCAAAUGUAAACCGGCCGAAGACCUGUGACAGCAGUAUUCGGACACUGUUUUUAUUCUUUUGUCAGUCAACAAGAAUAUUAUUUUUUUCACUUAAAUAAUAAUAAAUAAUUGAAACUCUAAACAAAACACACCAUUUUCUAAGUGGGGCCCAUCUUUGUUUAUGCACACCAAAGUCCAGUCAACUCCCCCUUUUUUCCACAUUUCUCUAUCUUCCUCAAUUAGUUCUUCUUACAUGCAUCACAAAACAUACAUACCAGACUUCUUCAUACUUCAUCUUCUUCCCCCACAUAAUAAUAAUAAUCACAGUUUCUUGGGCUUUGUUUUUUUUAUUUUUUUUCUAGAUAUUGAAAAAAAAAAUGAAGAGGUUUGCUUAUAUGUAUACUGCAGCUCUGAAACUGUUUGUGUUCUUGCUCCACCUACACGUGGCGUUUUCCCAAUUACCUUCCGAUCAGGUUAGCGCCAUUACCAGAGUUUACGAAAUCUUACAGAACAACACCGGUCCUUCCUUCGUCUGGAAAACUGUCGGAAAAGACACAAAUCCAUGUUCUUGGAGGGGUGUUUUCUGCACCCCUAAUAAUUCCUCCAUCAACAAACUUUCUUUCAAUUCUUUUUCAAUAUCCACCUCUGAAUUUCUCCCUCUUAUAUGCACCCUUCCUUCUCUGGAAUCUCUUGACGUGUCAAAUAAUCAGCUUACCUCAAUCCCACAAGACCUCUACACCACUGGCUGUCGGCAAAUCAGAGCCUUCAAUUUCAGUAGGAACAAGUUCUCUGGUUCUUUCCCUACCCUCAACGGUUUCACUGUGUUGGAACAUUUGGAUUUCUCUCGCAACUCAUUCACCGGUGACAUCGGUUUACAGCUGGAUGUGUUGGAUUCACUCAAGAGUCUUAACCUCAGCCGCAACUCCUUCACCGGAUCAGUCCCGAUUAACCUCGGACAAAUGAAUGCUUUGGAGGAGCUUCAGCUUUCUUUCAAUCAAUUCUUAGGUGAAAUCCCUGUCCAAAUCACCAAAUACACAAACCUGAGUUUGAUUGAUCUCAGUGUCAACAUACUCUCCGGACAAAUUCCAGAGGUUUUAGGAGAAGAACUAACCAAGUUGGAAACCUUUGUACUGUCUGUAAACAAUCUCAGCGGUGGCAUUCCCGCAUCCCUCUCGAAUAUCACAACACUCUCGAGAUUUGCAGCUAAUCAAAACCGUUUUAAUGGGACUAUCCCAUCUGGGCUUACUUCUUACCUCGGUGUUUUAGACCUCAGUUUUAACGAGCUGACAGGGAAAAUCCCGUCCGAUCUUCUAUCGGGGCCCAAUUUGAAGUCCCUCGACUUGUCGUCCAACCAACUCGAGGGGCCGAUACCCCCGAACAUUUCGACCAGGUUGUUCCGUUUGAGAUUAGGAAGCAAUGCUCUCAAUGGGGUACUUCCUUCAACCUCACUGGGGAAACUUGUGGAGUUGGUGUACUUGGAAUUGAAUGAGAACAACUUGAGUGGAGAAAUACCCUUUGAGUUGGGUAUGUGCAGAAAGCUGGCUCUCUUGAAUUUAGGACAUAAUAGAUUGACCGGCCAAUUGCCUUCGGUGUUGGGUGAUCUAACGAGUCUUCAAGUCUUGAAUCUUCAGUCGAACGGGUUUAUUGGGGAAAUCCCGUCACGGAUCACGCUGUUGAAUAGACUGCAGAAGCUGAAUAUAAGCUGGAACUCGUUGAACGGAUCGAUUCCUUUGUCGAUUUCGAGUUUGACGAAUCUUAUGAAUUUGGAUUUGCGAGGUAAUAAUCUGAGCGGUCGUAUACCAGAUUCCAUUGGAAGCUUAUCUUCUCUAAUAGAGCUGCAGCUGGGGAAGAACCAGCUUAUUGGACAAAUUCCAGCUAUGCCAACUAAACUGCAAAUCGCUUUGAAUCUCAGCUACAAUUUCUUAGAUGGUCCUAUCCCAGCUAUUCUAUCAAGAUUGAUCGCACUGGAAGUUUUGGAUCUUUCGAACAACAGAUUUUCAGGCAAUAUACCGGAGUUCUUGCCUAGGUUAGCCAGCUUAACCGAAGUGGUACUAUCGAACAAUGAACUCUCUGGAGUUGUUCCGACUUUUCCAGGUUAUGUCUUACUCGAUACAAAAGGAAACAAGGGAUUGAUUUAUUCUACGAAAGAAAAUCCUAGUACGCCUGCAGCGGUAAGAAAGAGGAAAUCACUUGCUUCAGACAUCAUAAUUGCAGCUGCAAGUGCUUGCUUUGCUGUGGGCUUACUUAUAAUGAUAGUUAUGUUCUUUUCGAGAAGAUACUAUAACAGGAUCAACGCCGAGCAUCUUCACAACCCUGGAGGGCAAGCUUCUCCACUUGAGGUCAUCCAUGGUAAUCUGCUGACCCCAAACAGCAUCCACAUGGCGAAUAUUGAUUUCAAGAAAGCAAUGGAGGCGGCGGCAGACCCCACAAACAUCACAUCCAAGACAAGAUUCUCGACGUACUACAAAGCUGUCAUGCCAUCUGGCGCCACUUACUUCAUCAAGAAGCUUAACUGGAGCGACAAGAUAUUCCAAUUGGGAAGCCACGAAAGGUUCGAGGAGGAGCUAGAAGUUCUUGGGAAGCUGUCUAAUUCAAAUGUCAUGAUCCCACUUGCUUAUGUUUUGACAGUUGACAGUGCCUAUCUAUUCUACAAUUAUGCCCACAAGGGUACUCUUUCGGACGUUCUUCACCGUCGAAUGGGCAAUAAUAAUAGUAAUAAUAAUACAUUGGAUUGGGCAAGCCGUUACAGCAUUGCUAUCGGAGUAUCACAGGGUUUGGCUUUUCUUCACGAAUGCAACUCCGGUCCGAUUCUUCUCUUCGAUCUUUCCAGCACAACCAUCUUGCUGAAGUCCCUUAAUGAGCCUCAGGUGGGAGAUAUCGAGCUUUGCAAAGUGAUUGAUCCUUCGAAGAGCACAUGCAGUCUUUCUACUGUUGCUGGUUCUGUAGGUUAUGUCCCUCCAGAGUAUGCUUACACAAUGAGGGUGACAGCAGCAGGAAACGUGUACAGCUUUGGUGUGGUUCUUCUAGAACUUUUGACUGGUAAGCCAGCUGUCAGUGGAGGAACUGAACUAGCGAAAUGGGUAUUGAGCAACUCAGGUCAGCAGAACAAAUGGGAUCAUAUUCUUGAUUUCCGUGUGAGCAAGACGACAGUUGCUGUAAGAAGCCAGAUGGUGGCAGUUCUUAAGGUAGGCAUAGCUUGUGUUAGUAUAUCCCCGGAGAAGAGGCCGAAGAUGAAAAGUGUGCUGCGAAUGCUGCUAAAUGCUAGGUGACUCGAUUGGCAUAUGUGACAUCGUAGAUAUGUAGGUAUAUGAAAGAUAUGAAGCUAGUAGCUUCUCUGUUCUUGUAAUGUAAUAUGGAUUUUCAGCCUCGAAGUCAGUUUUGUAAUAGACGGACGCCAAGAAAAGAAAGAAAAUAAAAAUGUAUGUGGGAAAAUGAUCUACAAACAAAUAAGCCACUGGUUGGUGUAAUAUUCUUCAUAUAUGCAUGUGUUUUUAGGAAUUAAAAAAA